GGUUAUGUUGAUUAUUUUUCUAGCAAAAUAUAUUUUGUUAAAGUAGCUUCGUAUGAAAUUCUCGACUUGAUUUUAGUGCAAUGAGUGGCAAAUUAGCUCCUAGUAAAAGCACUGUUUAUAUGUCUAAUUUACCAUAUUCCCUGACAAACAACGAUCUGCAUAAAAUAUAUGAAAAAUAUGGGAAGAUAGUAAAAGUGACAGUUAUGAAACGAAAGGACAAUAGAAAGUCUCGAGGAGUUGCAUUUAUAUUAUUUUUGAAACCGGAAGAUGCUCAAGAAUGUGUAAAAUCUGUAAAUAAUAGUAUUAUGUUUGACAGGACAAUCAAAUGCAGUAUUGCGUCUGAUAAUGGCCGGACUAAGGACUUCAUAAAAAGGAAGGAAUAUCUUGAUAAAUCUUCGUGCUAUGAGUGCGGAGAAAAGGGUCACCUAAGCUACAAGUGUCCCAUAAACACAUUAGGAGACAGACAGCCGCCUCCUAAAAAAUCUCGGAAGAGGAAAAAUGAAACAAGAAAAUUAGAAAUAAAUAAAUCCAAAGAAAUGUUUGAAGAUUCUGAUGAUGAAACCCUAAGUAAAGCAAUAUUAUAUGAACAAAGGAAAAGGGAACAAGAAAUUGAUUCUUUAGAAAGUAGCUUACUUAAUGAAACAUGCUCCAAAAAAGUCAAGAAGUUUACAAAGGAUACUUAUUUAAGUGAUGAAGAAUAUAUAAGUGAUUCUGCUUGAAUUUGAAAUUUUACUGUGAAUUAGAAGAUAUUUAAUUAUUUUUUAUUUUUCUUCUUUUGAACCUGAUAAUUUUUAUACAUAUUGACCUAAAAAGCAGAUCUGCUCACUAACACCCAUCACAUAUAAAUAAAACUUGAUGAUGGGGAACUUUCUCCUAUGUAUGUGCAACUACUUCAGAUGUUCUGUAAUUGUUUUGGCAAAGCAGGGUAUACGAAAUCUUAUUAUGUUCCUUGAGCAACACGGUG